UGGCCAUUUGGUGAUACUGAGAUGUGCUGAGCAUCUGUAUGUGUGUGUGUGUUGUGUAUCUUCUGCCGGCUUGUGGGUGGUCCCUCCUUCUCCUCCCCCAUCUUCCCCCUCCCCCCCUUGCCAGCUUCUGGCUUCAGGAGCAGCCAUGGAAGUGGCACCAGGGCUGCAGCUACCAGGCAGGAGGAAGGAAGGCGCAGGUGAGGUGGACUCCAUUAACAUGGAAGUGAAUGAGGUGGAAGAGGAGGAGGAUGAAGAGGAAGAGGAAGAAGAAGAGGAGGAGGAAGAGGCAGAGGUGGUGAAGAACCUGGGCUCUUUGGACGAUGACAAAGAGUCAGACCUCUCAGACCAAGAUCUGGACCAGAACCUAAGAGCCCAGGUGCUCCAACUGCUGGAGGAACUGGAGGAAGCCAGAGAGAUGGCCCUCAAACAUGAAGAUGACUCACUGGAGUUGCAAGGUUUGUUGGAAGAUGAGCGGCUGGCAAGUGCGCAGCAGGCGGAGAUCUUCACCAAGCAGAUCCAGCGGCUCCAAGCUCAGAUGCGGUCUUGAAGGAUGAGUUGAUUCUCUGCAAGAAGUGAAGGAUGUCGAGAUGGAACCCCUGGAACGAGAACUGCGGG